UAUAGGGGGCCGAUUACAGAGAUGAGCACGCUGGUUGCGGCUUAGUUUUUUCGUUGCUUGGGCAAACCAUGUGGCGGAGGAGCGUUUGCGGGGCCGGGAGCUUCCGCGCUUGUCUUUGUGCCCGGGGGAAUGGCGUUGUGCCUCAGGACAGUAAAACAUGCAAGAGUUUUGGCACCUCUGCUGUCUUCUGGAGCACAAAAGAUGAACAGCUCUCUCCGGUCAUCAAUACUGAUAAAAAGACUGAGGAUAAGAGUAAGGGGGACACAAAGCAGAUGACUGCAAAGAAGAACUUGCUGAACAUCCUUAGCGAAAUGAAAGUGGAAGUAAGUUCAAAGAAGACAUUUCUGAGGUUGAAAGCCCAGAAAAUGAAGGAUCAAACAACAGAGGACCUGCCAGAACAUGUGGAGAGCGCAAGCAGCAUGUUUCAGAAAGCUGCAGAAGUCAAAGCUAAGAGCAGCCAGCCGCUCAGUCAGGAGAUCGUUGCAGCCGCCUCUGCCAUCGCUUCUUCCCUGCCAAUGGACAAGAAGAAGACCGUUUCAGAAUUGCUUCAGCUGCUUAAGAAGCACAAGGACAUCACCGAGGCACGAAAAAGGGGAGAAACUGCCAGCAUAAGUUCAAUUGUUACCAAGAUGAAGAUUGGCAGAAAGCCUCCAACACGGGAUGCCUUCCGGCCAUCCAAUCAGAUUCAGUUCGAUGAGGAUGGACGAGGCUAUAUGAUUGAGAGAGGGGUUUCUCAUGAACUUACACAGAUGAAAAGGAGAGGACUGUUCUCAGCAAAAAGACUAAAUAUUUUCCCUGUUCCUCCUCCUGCAACAGAGGGGGCUCUUGAAACAGCGACGAAACUGACCAUCUGGGAUGUGGAGCUCGCCAAAGAAAUUACUGCGGUCGGCCAGCGACCUCCCCGGAACGGUUUUGAGGAGAUGAUAGAGUGGACGAAAGAAGGAAAGCUGUGGGAAUUUCCAAUUAAUAACGAAGCUGGUUUCGAAGAUGACACUGAAUUUUACGAACAUAUAUUUCUGGACAAACAUUUGGCAGACUUUCCUAAGGAUGGACCGAUUCGCCAUUUCAUGGAACUUGUCUGCUGCGGACUUUCUAAAAAUCCAUUCUUGAGUGUUAAAGAAAAGGUGGAAUAUAUUGAUUGGUUCCGUAAUUACUUCAAAGAAAAGGAAGAGUUACUCAAGGAGAUUGAAGCACACGAGAAGGAAGUGCUUCUUGAAAAAGAGAAGAUAGCAGAGUGAAAACUCUUGAAUGAAAAAGAAAAUGUUGGACUUUUGUCAGUACCUAUUGCAUAGCUGUACAACCCGGUCUGGAAAAGGUGUUGAAUAUAUCAAAAUUGUUUAAAAGACUUCCACCUUUGGAGAAGAAGGUGGUUUGUAACUAAUCCAUACCGAUAUUGGUAAGGUUUUGUAAUUCCAUUUCAGAUGAACUAAGUGAAAGUUUCUGUUGCCUCUUGCCCUCUGCUUACUUUAUUGUAUCAUAUUUUGAAUCUCCCCCGUUCCUUACUUAAAUACAUAACUUGGAAGUGAAAUUA